AUCAAGCCCCUCCUCCCCUUGGAGUCUCUUUAAAUGUCUCUUAGCCUCUUAUUAAGUUUCCUUUCACGAGUUGGUCUGUUGCCACAUAGUGUUUUUAGAUCCAAUUAUUAAACGUCUGAUGAAAUGGGGAAGCAGUCCACCCAACCCGUGGGCCGGCUGUAGGUGGCGUGUGCGUGUGAUUGAGCGCAGUGGGCCAUGUUGUUCCCAUAAUGAGCGUCUGUUUUGCCAGGGGCCUGUUAUGAAAGGGCCUUUUAGCAGAGGCCAGCUCCCUGCACCCGUCUGUUCUCUCUUCAGGAAAACCCUCCACCAGAGGUAAUCCUGCCAAGCCUUGGUUUGGUAGUCUAGGCGUCAUGAGGUAACUCUGGCCCCCUUUCUGUGCUAUAGCACAGGGCCAGACUUAAUACUGUAAUGUCUUUGAAUGGUACUGCUUAGUCGUGGAAUGAAGAUAUCGACUUAUUGCGAGAGCUAUAAAGUUGAUAAAACUUGUCGAGGUGAUCAAAUCAGAGGUUUAAAACGUCAAUGAGACUAGCUUUAGUCAAAUACCACACCUUAAUGAUCCAUAUGUAGCACUGUAAUGACUCUGUUAGACUGUUUACAACGGUGUUGUAAAGUGUAUCAUGAUAUUUAUCGAUAUUGUGUUAGGUUCCCCAUGAAUACACAUAUGAUACAUUUUUCUAUAUUGUCCAGCCCUACUGUAAAAUUAUAUCUAAUACAUUAAUAAUUAAGUAGUCAUCACAAAUGACCUGUGAAUUGAAACUUAUGGUACUACAAGUAACCUUUGGUUGUCAGCCUUAAAUGACCAAGCCAGGGGUUUUGCACCUGUCAAUGUUUCACAUGGCCAGAUAAGACUGUUUGUAUUUCCUGCUUUACCUGCCGCCACUCCCAUCACCUUUCUCUGUAUGCUGAACAAAGCACUCCUCAAGUUCCACGUUGACACUAACGCUGCGGGGACCAAACCUCUGAAACGUUCCUGUCUAGAAGUGAGGCUCAGCUUAGUAAUAGAGACACAGAGACAUAGAGACGACAUAGUAAAGAGCUGUAGCCUGUGUGGUUGGAAUUAGUUGGGAGGAACAUUAUUCGACCCAAGGUAGAUCUGCCAUGUCGAAGACAUGCCAGCAGGAUGUAAGGUGGUCCAGCAGGUGAUCGGUAAAGGGGAAAGCACCAGCACAAAUGUCUGUUUCGGUUAAGGGCCUCCCCCGUCCCCCAUGUCUGCUUCCACGGCCUUCUCCCUAUUAGUUCAGGAUGAGCCCAUGAACCCCCUCCGCAUCUCUGUCGGAGGCCUCCCCAUGUUGGCGUCCAUGGCCAACCCCACCGACCCCCGCUUCCGCCUCAAGUGGCGUCCCAUCGUGACGGCGGCGGCGGCGCUGGCCGUGCUGCUCCUGGUCUUCCUGCAGCUCAGCCCCUCGCGCGCGGGCGGCGGCCCCCGGAGCCGGGCCGCAACCCCGGACCCCGAGGGGCGCUACAACGACACCUACCCGCUCAGCGCGCCCCAGAGGACCGCCCACGGCACGCGCUACCGCAUCGCCGUCAUCGCAGACCUGGACACGGCCUCCCGCAGCGCCGGCAAGGAGCUGACGUGGUUCAGCUACCUGCUGCGCGGCCACCUGGCGGUGUCCCAGAGCGGGGACAAGGUGGAGGUGGAGUGGGACGCGGAGCCGCUGGUGCUGGAGAGCCACCUGGCGGAGAAGGGGCGGGGCAUGGAGCUGUCGGAGCUGGUGGCGUUCAACGGGAAGCUGUACAGCGUGGACGACCGCACGGGGAUCGUCUACCACAUCGACGGCAACAAGGCCGUGCCCUGGGUCAUCCUGCCGGACGGCGACGGCAGCGUGGCCAAAGGUUUUAAGGCGGAGUGGCUGGCCGUGAAGGAGGAGCGUCUGUACGUCGGCGGUCUGGGCAAAGAGUGGACCACCACGGCGGGGGAGUUUGUCAACCACAACCCGGAGUGGGUGAAGGUGGUGGGCUACAGAGGGGACGUCCGCCAUGAAAACUGGGUCCCCAAGUACGAGUUCCUGAGGGCGGCGGCCGGCAUCAGCCCCCCCGGGUACCUCAUCCACGAGUCGGCGGCGUGGAGCGACACCCUGCAGCGCUGGUUCUUCCUGCCGCGCCGGGCCAGCUCGGAACGCUACGAGGAGGCGGCCGACGAGCGCCGCGCCACCAACCUGGUGCUCAGCUGCUCGCCCGGGUUCGAGCGCGUGGUGGUCAGCCGCGCCGGCCCCCUCAGCCCCACCCACGGCUUCUCCUCCUUCAAGUUCGUCCCCGACACCGACGACCAGCUCGUCCUGGCCCUCAAGUCGGAGGAGGUCGGCGGGACGGUGGCCACCUACAUCCUGGCGUUCACGCUGGACGGACGCAUCCUCCUCCCCGAGACCAAGAUCGGAGAGGUGAAGUACGAAGGCCUGGAGUUCAUCUGAAGGGCGGCCCAGCCCCUGGUGAGCGGGGACCGCGGGGUCGUUGGUUCGGGAGACUCUGGGUUCUUUACUCGGUUCAGCGUUAAAGGCUCCAGCGCCCAACGGUCCUAACACGAACCUUAGCGGUGAGAGUGGGAGCGGUGUUGAGAACGGGCUUGAAGAGGUCACAAGAACGAGUGCCCAAAUGACCCCUGCUCCGCGGCAAAACGGGGAACCUCCAAGUGCGGUCGCCUUUUUUCUAUUUUUUUUUAGAAUGAAUGUAUGAAUAUUUCCUUGUAAAGAAUGUGAUGCUAGUUGUGUUGAGAAUAAAAGCUGUUUUAACAUGCCCCUCUUGUAUGAGCACACAGGGCUGAUGAUUGUAGAACAAGGAAAACAAACACUGAUUUCUCUCCCGUCUUCAGAUACAUUGUUUAAAUAAAUAUAACACCAGUGGAAACAAUAUAGUGUGGAAUAAAAUUCAUGCCGGCAUUUUAUUCAUACAUUAAAAUACUUUCAUUUUCAACAACUCUGUUGCACAAUUUGCCUAUAGUCAAAUUCACCCAUAGGCUAAAACGUUUCUCAGAGCAACAAACAUAGCCGGGAUCACCAUGCUGAUCCACGGGGCCCUGCUGUCUGCCUUUGGGAUGUUGCUUCUCCAUGUUUCUCCUCUCAGAUCCAUGAACUUGAGCCUUUACAGUAAGUCUGACUAUAAUUCCGAUACUUAUAAUGCAAAUAGUAUCAUGCAAAAAUCAGUCGUUUCUUCUUUAAAUAUUUGUUUUGUUUCCUUGUUGGUACGGAGGUAACCAGGAGGGGUGGGGGUAUUUGCUGUCUCAAAUAGAAGCUUUUUAUCUUUUUA